AUGCUGUCCCGUUUCUGGUUCCUCUCCAAGCACACCAGCCUUUCCCUGGUGUCCUGGCACAGCACCCGCGGCGCCUUCGCGCUCCUGCCUCGCUGGGCCUGGGUGCCGCCCUCAGGGCCCCAGCUGGCAGUGCCCUGCCGCCCACUGGCUGCAGCCUCCUCCUGGGACCCUCUCGGACCCACAGCCACUGGCUCCCGGGUGCGCCAGAACUUCCACCCUGACUCCGAGGCCGCCAUCAACCACCAGAUCAACCUUGAGCUCUAUGCGUCCUACGUGUACCUGUCCAUGGCCUAUUACUUCUCCCGAGAUGAUGUGGCCUUGAACAACUUCUCCAGGUACUUUCUCCACCAGUCUCGGGAGGAGACGGGGCACGCGGAGAAGCUGAUGAGGCUGCAGAACCAGCGAGGAGGCCGGAUCUGCCUGCAGGACAUCAAGAAGCCCGGCCAGGACGACUGGGAAAGCGGGCUGCACGCCAUGGAGUGUGCCCUGCUCUUAGAAAAGAACGUCAACCAGUCGUUGCUGGAAUUGCACGCUCUGGCCUCAGAAAAAGGUGACCCCCAUUUGUGCGAUUUCCUGGAAACCCACUACCUGCAUGAGCAGGUGAAGUCUAUCAAGGAACUAGGUGACCACGUGCACAACCUGGUCAGGAUGGGGGCCCCGGAUGCUGGCCUGGCAGAGUACCUUUUUGACAAACAUACUCUUGGAAGUGAAAAAAAGCAUAACUAAAACGCACUUCUCUGUACUACCCAGUGCCUUUCAAGACACAGUCAGCUGUCUCCUGCCUUCCUGCCCUUGAAAUUCACCUCUAUCUUUCUAUUCAUCUCCUGUUAAACUGUUCCUCCAAUAAAGUGAUUUGU